AUGUACAGUUCUGCGGCAAAAAAGAAAAAGAAGCAACAGGAUGAAUCGUACGAAUAUGCCAGCAGCGAGUACGAUUCUUUUCAGUGGCUGAAAUCUUAUGGUGACCCGACGCCACCGGACGAUGAUAAUAUUGCAGUCGACGAGUCUGAGGUAUGCGACGACGUGGCAGAAAUGAAGUGGGAAGUGUUGACCAAUAGCGGAAAUAGUUCACGCAACGCCAGCUACGAACGGGAGGGAGACGAUGGGUUGGAAAGAAUCAAGUACCGAGUGGCGCGCAUUAUGUCGUCUGCAGGCGGCCGACGUUCUUACAUCGUCGUCGUCCACUUGGCGGACUGUGUGCGUCAUGAAUUUGGAAUUCAAGUCGAACAUUCCAGUACUUCGGCUAGGUACUGUUUGUCUGUACGUAUGUCGUCCGUCAUCUGCGUGUUUAUGGCGGCGGCCGCUUUCCGUCGCAUUUCCGUGCCACGAUCGUCUGACGUUUUGUUGCCUCGUCGUCGUGCUAACAACUUGACGUCGAGCUUCAAUGUCAUCGCCGCCGGCGCCACCGACGAAAGUCUUUGGAAGUGGGCUGACUUCGGAAACAAGCGAUUGACAGAACCAGUUCUACAUUCAUUGUUGCAUCGAGGAAUGAGGUACGCCAGAUUGGCAAAGGCACAGAUCAUAUCAACUAAAGCGAGUCAUCCAGAAUGGGAUCUGCACUACGAUGUUGGCUCUUCGUUUGCGUUUAACGGUGCUGACUUGGACGUCUAUGCAUUGCAGUAUUUGGACCUCAGCAUGACCACCUAUGAAGAACCGUUUGUGGUCAACGCUGUCUUAGCCCACUGUCGGCACCUAAUUGCGCUGAGUGUCGAGGGUUGCCUCGUUGACGAUGUGACGUGCGUGCUUAUCGGCCAAAACCGUCAUUUGCUGUUCCUGAACAUGGCCCUAUGCCAACAGAUCACUAGCGCUGGUAUCAAGGCGAUAGUCAGCGGCUGCCAGGAACUGCAGGAAUUGAACGUCGGGUGGACGAAUAUGAACCACUGUGCCGUUGAAUACCUGUGUCGUCACCUACCUCAGUCGCUGCAGAGGAUAAACCUUUCCGGUUGUCGCAGUGCAACGUUAUUCGACGUAGACGUCGCUCAUCUUGUCGUAAACUGUCCGUUGGUGACCGAAAUUGACAUCAGUGACUGCACCGAUCUGUCAGCUGCAACCAUAAACAUAAUCAUCAAAGGUUGCGCUGUUCUUGAGCGGUUGUCUUGCAGCCGUUGCUACAAGAUCGAUCCAUUUGUUUACACGAUGUGCAAAUCGCUGAAAGAGCUAAACAUAUUUGGAACAAUCAGAGACGACUGUAUGCCGAUCCUGCAAAAGAUGCUGCCAAAGAAACUACAGUUGAACAUAAGUCCGUAUUCAUCGGUUGCGCGGCCGACGGUCGGUGCCAGGCGCACCAGCAUCUGGGGGCACCGCGUCAGAGAUGAAUAA